AUGGCCACACUUUUUUCACCGUCUUCGCUGUAUACUUUCCUGCGGCUACAGGGAUCAUGGCGGGAGCGAAUAUCAGUGGAAAUCUUAAGAAUCCUCAGGUAUGUUGCGAUCCCGCGUGGAACGUUAUCUGCGAUUGCUGUAUCCACGAUGAUCUACACUACCUUCGGUCUGGUAGCAGGCCUUACAUAUGUUCGAGAUGCUGACGGUAUCAUCAACGUUAAGCCAGGCAAUGUCCCAGACUGCUACUCGAAUUCUACGUGUCCAUUUGGACUUCACAACUUCUAUCAGAUAGUCAUGACAACAAAGUGUUUGGCCCUGGGUGAUCACCAUUGGUAUUGUGUCCGCUGCGCUUGGCUCCGCGAUGGGAAGCCUAGUCAGCGCCUCGAGAAUUUUUCAGGGCUACCAACCAUCUUUUGCUACAGCAGUUUUGGCGAAGACAGAUUGAUUCCGGCUAUUACGUUCUUCGGCAAAGGAUAUGGAGCUGGACACGAUCCUCGAAGGGCAUAUGCGCUCUGUUUUGUCAUUACUAUAGCCGUUUUGAUGAUUGGUAACCUUAAAUAUCAUAGCCCCAUUUAUUUCAAACUUCUUCCUUUGCGCCUAUGCUCUGGUCAACUACGCCUGCUUCGAAGCAAUUCUCUCCCAAAGUCCAGUGAGAAAUUGGUUUCCGCCCAGCGUUUGGCUUUCACUCACCAUGGUUAUCACUGCUUAGGAGCAGUGCUGUGCAUUUCGAUCAUGUUCAUUAUGUCGUGGCCAACAACACUACUCACUUUCGCAUUCUUCGUUGCUGUCUAUGCUUUUAUAAAGCAUUUGAAACCAGACGUCAACUGGGGAACGUCCACUACUGCAACAACAUACAAACACGCAUUUAAUGGAGUAAUGAAACUCACUAAAAACGAGCCUCACGUAAAGAACUAUCGCCCACAGGUACGACUCUCAGCUAUUCGUCAGCAUUUGGACAACUCACAACAAACUUUCCUUCUAUUCGAGAAAGCCAAAAUGCUCUCUGAGUGUUGA